AUGACCAUCUCGCGUAGCGUAUACAAUCAGCUCUUCGAGCAGGCACCCGAUGCCGCGGGCGGCGCAACCAAGGAGAAAGUGAUCCGCUUGCGCCCCACAGAGGCCAAGGCAGGCGCCGUGGUCAUGUCGGCUAAGAACAAGAUCCAAAUGUGGACCAAAGAGGAACACGAGCGCUUCCUCGCGGCGCUCGAGAAGUUUCCAGCUGGCCCCUGGAAGAAAGUGGCCGACUUUAUUGGCUCUAAAACACCGCGCCAGACCAUGACCCAUGCGCAGAAAUAUCGCCAGAAAAUUCACCGCCGCCAGCGCGUUCUGCGCAACCAGAAGAAGAGCAACACCAAUGCGAAUCGUGCGACGACCACAACCGGGCGAGCCUAA